GGAGUGUGGCAGGAAGAGAGGCUUGCCAAAGAACCACAGCUGGUUGUCGGACGGGUUACAGUGGCAGGCCCGGGGGUGGGGGCAUGGCCGUGGGGGGGCCGCAUCCCGUCCUCCACGCUUCACCGUGACAGAGGCUUCGGCUGGGGGUCAUGGAGCUGGGGCUCGCCCCGGGGGGCCCCCAGACUCUCAGAGCUCCGCCCCUGGAUGAGCGGAGGGGCAGCGGCCGGCGGCGGCGCGGACAAACCCGGCAAAGUGAAAUGCUCCCGCAGACUGUGGCUCCUCCUGGGAUCGCUGGCGCUCAUCUUCCUCACCUCGCUGUUCCUGUCCGUGUCGCUGCGCGGCGGCGUCAGCUUCGGCUACCUGGAGCCGCCCGGGUGGGAGGAGUCCAGGCGGGUGAAGCUGGUGCCCAGCUACGUGGGCGCCCACCGACUGUCGCCCCCCGAAACGCCCCUGCAGAAAACAUGUGCCUGCAACAGCUGCGUGGGAGACCCCGGAGUCUCGGAUUGGUUUGAUGAAAACUACGACCCGGAUAUCUCUCCGGUCUGGACCAGGGACAACAUCCAGCUGCCGCAGGACGUCUACUACUGGUGGGUGAUGUUGCAGCCGCAGUUUAAACCCCACAACAUCCAGCAGGUGCUGCUGAGACUCUUCCAGGUGAUUCCCGGACGGUCGCCGUACGGCUCCUGGGAUCCGGGGCGCUGCCUGCGUUGUGCCGUGGUGGGAAACUCCGGAAACCUCCGCGGCGCCGGAUAUGGGGCGGACAUCGACGGGCACGACUACAUCAUGAGGAUAAAUCUGGCCCCCACUGUGGGCUACGAGGACGACGCUGGCAGACGCACCACGCACCACUUCAUGUACCCGGAGAGCGCCAAAAACCUGGCCACCAACGUCAGCUUUGUCCUGGUUCCCUUCAAAACGCUGGACCUGGUCUGGAUCACCAGCGCUCUGUCCACUGGCCAGAUCCGAUUCACUUACGCUCCAGUGAAGCAAUUCCUCCGUGUGGAUAAAGACAAGGUUCAGAUCUUCAAUCCGGCUUUCUUUAAAUACAUCCAUGACCGCUGGACCCGGCAUCACGGCCGAUACCCUUCCACCGGGAUGCUGGUCCUGUUUUUCGCUCUUCACGUCUGUGACGAGGUGAACGUGUUUGGCUUCGGCGCCGACAGCCGAGGGAACUGGCACCACUACUGGGAGCAGAACCGGUACUCCGGGGAGUUCAGGAAGACGGGCGUCCACGAUGCGGACUUCGAAGCUCAGAUCAUCCAGCAGCUGGCGAAGGCCGGAAAAAUCACAGUGUUCACUGGGAAAUGACCGGAAAACGCCAGUUUGGGUGCAAGUGGGAACAAAAGCAAACCGGAAGUGAGGACGAUUUCACCGAUGGGGUCCGACGAGCGAAACAUUUGGGACUCCAAUCUUUCAGCUUUACUGAGGAACAGCAGGAUCAAUUAGAAACCGAUUAUUAGGGAUUAUUGAACCCUGACACGACCUGUCUUUCACACCCAUUCUGAAUCUCUGAGAACGUCGUGUGACUUUGUUUUCCAGCCGCGUGGGAUUAUUUUGCUGACAAAGAGCUGACCUUCAGAAUCAAGAUCGUCUUUGAUUUGCCUUAAAUUCUCUUUGAGGUGAAACAUCCGCCACACAGCGGCUCCUGGGUUCACAGAAACACUGGCAGGAUUUCAGCUUCUGGAGACUCUGCUGGAAGAACCCGUGUUCUGAUCCGGUCCGUCAGGGCUUCAUUUGGAAGAUCUGUGCUCAAAUGUUGCUUACAGACCAGAUUAUGGCCCUGGAAAACCCCGCCGCCUUCACUGACCCCUCGACCCAGUCCGACUCGACCCAGUCCGGCUCGCCCUGUUGGAGGACGAGCAGCCAACGCCUUAGCCUUCACCUCUCAUGUUUGAUUUUUCCACUUCUUCCAUCGCCAUUGUGUGUGUUUUACCCAUCAUCACGAAGAAAACAACAAAAUAAGAAGAUUGGUGUUUGAAUGUCAGGAUCCUGAAAGAGAAAUUCCUCCAUAAACAUCAAGUUUUGUUUUCAUUCUUUGGGUUUCAGGUUUUUUUUUUAAUCAGACAAGUUUCAAUGGAUACAACUGAAGUAAAUACAAGAAGCAGUUUUGAAAUAAUGUUUUCAAUUAUUAAUGAAAAGAUCUCCAACACCAUCUGGUUGUAACCUGAACCCGACUGUUUGUGGCAGCAGUAGUUUGGGCCUCACAGGUUUCUCAUGGAUGUCAUUUUUGCCUGGUUUCUCUUUCACUAGCUGUAAUGGGAAUUGCAUAAAUAUGUUUGCUUAAUGCAGAUACGCCAAUUUUGAUGAAAGGUUUUUCAGUUAGGAUUAGAUGUUUUGUUUGGCUGCAUUGAAAUUAGACAAAACCAACUUAUUAGUAACUUUUCAGCAAGAUAUAACAGCUUGUUUUAAGUCAAUAAUUCCUUAAGAGUAGUGAAGAAUUAGUUGUUCCAUAGGCAGAUUAUUUCAUGUAUGAGAUGAAGAAAUUCACCUUUAAAAAGUGAAAUAAUCUGCCAGUUGUACUCGUACAUUUUCAACAAUACUGAAGAAUUACUGACUCAAAACAAGGUCUUGCUGAAACGUUAUGAAUAAGUUUCGUCUUUUUUCAAGUGUGCUAAAAUAUUUGCACAAGUGUGCAAAUAUUAUGCAAAUAUUUUUUGCACAAAUAUUUGCAAAAAAUAUUUGUGCAAAUAUUUUUUUUUUAAUUUUGAAAAUUCCAAAAUUCCAAGUGAUUUUGGAAUUGCACCAAAAUCACUUGGUAGGAUUUUGUUUUUGCAGUAUACAAUGGUUCUGCUUUAAUUUGAUAUCUAUCAAAGUUGGGCCUUGAUAGAUGUUUUUCCUCUUUCAUAAAUGAAAUUAUCAUUUAGAAAACUGCAUUUUGUAUUGACUCAUAUCUUCAGUACAAAAACGUACGGGGGAAAAAGAAGAAAUAUGUAAAGCUUUAGAUAAAGAAAGGAAAAGGAACAGAGUGGCUUUCACUUCCCAAAACAUCUGAUUUCUGUUUGUGUGAGGGAUUAAACUUUGCAAAAUGUUUUUGUUUCCUGCAUUGUGCAGGUACUUCAAGCUCACACGGACAGAUGAAGGCUGUCGCGCAGUUUUGUUGUAUUUUACUGUAACUCAACGUCCUGCUGGUGUUUUUUUCAGCACACCAGGUUUUCUUAGAGGCUUCAUGUUAACAGCUGAAUCUCAUCCUAUUUUCUGUGUUUCCUGCGUCUUGUCACCUGCUUUCGUGCCUUGUUCGGCCGCCGCCCGCAGCCGCUUCAUCAGCGACGCACACCUGCUACCUUUCUGUUGCUGUUAGCCUCGCUCACAUACACACACGUCUAGCUGAGAGCUGUGCCUUCUGAGCUCAACGAGUACACGCGAACGCACCACAUGACGUCACACUCUGCCUUCUUCUCUCUCGCUGUUGUCGCUAAUGGAGACGAUGUGAACUCAUAUCACGGUCCGUUCAAAACUCCUGAUUCGGUCUCUGAUCGUUCCUUCCCCAGACUUCAUUUAUUUUUUAAGUAUUUAUUACAAUUUCCAGGAUAAAAAAAAGACUUCCAAACUCAUUCAUAUUAUGUCGCUCUUAUUUUACUUGUUUAUAAUUAAAAAGAUAAUUUUUUGUAAUUCUGAAAUACCCAUGACAAAAAAAGCAAAGAAACAUUUAAUCUUAUUAUCACUUAAUUUUGCUUUAUCUUCAUUGACUAGCCUGGGUACAUCUGGUAAAGCUACCUGUGCCUCUGUUUUCUUAAUUUUAGAUUAGCUUAGUUUCUGUUUGGGUUAGCUUAGUUUGGCUUAACUUACCACUAGUGAAGUUGUGCUUACAUAAACCUAACUCAGCUUAGUUUGGCUUAUUUUAUAUAAGACUGAGUUAGUUUAGCAUAAAGUAGCUAUGCUUAACUUAGCUCAACACAGGAAGAUUGUUUAAUCCACCAAUGCUAACUUUAGCUGAGGUUAGCCUAGUUUUGCUCAACCCACCUAUGCCCCAUGUCUAAAUAGCGUAGCAUUAGAUAGCUUGUUUUAGCCCAACUAAUAUUCACCAAUUUAAGUGUUAGCCACUACAUUUUUGUUGAAUUAGAAUAGUGUAGCCUACCUAUGCUUUCUUAGCUAGCUUAUCUUGUUUUGCCCGACUUUGUUUUAUUAGCUAGUUUUCACUUAGCUUAGCAUAGCCUACCCUGUGCCAAGCUAAGAUUACACUGGCAAAGUGCUUAGCCAAGGUUUUCUAAAUUUACUUCAGCUUGACUAUAAGCUAAGCUAAGCUAAUAGCUUAUUAGCUUAGCCUAUAACUAUACUAUAAGCUAAGCACAUAGCUUAUUAGCUUACCUUAUAGUUAUUGAAUUGUCAUGAUUAGCUACAAUGAAACAGCAAAAAGCAGCAAAACCUGUAAGAAAAACAUUGAAAAACCAUCAAAAAGUCUGGAAAGUUAUUGAUCAGAACUUAUUCAACAAAGGUUGAAUCAGGAUUUUUAAAAUGGGCUCUACUGGUUUUUUUGGUUUUUUUUUUUUUUUUUUUUUUUGUCGUGAUGCAGUAUAUUAAGGUCUUAUUUCCGUGACAUUGCAAAAAGACCAUUGUAGAAAAAAAAGAGUAAAUUUCCAACCAUCCAAAAUUAAAAUUUUCCAAAUACAUUUCAAAUCUUAUUGCAAAAAACAAUGGAAUUCUGAGCUUGAAAUGUCAAAAAUUAAAAUAAAAAAAAAUUCUCAAACUUUUGUUUGAAAAGGCAAAAAACUUUGACAUUUGGAAAUAUUCUGACUUUCGAUGUUUAAAAAUCGUUUUUCCUAAUGCAUUACUGAUUGCAAAAUUUUUGUUUUCCCUUACAAAUGUUCAACAAAUUUUCUUCUAGAAAAUUCCUGAAAUUAAUCUAAAAAUUUCUGUUUUGUCUUGAAAUUUUUAAAUUUUGGAGCUCACAUGUUUUCCCUGAAAAUUUUAGACUAAUGUCAAAAUUUGAAUUUUUCUAUUUUCACCAUUUUUUACUUUUGGAGCUCAGAAAUGAAGUUUUUUUCUAGCAAUUUCCUGAGGUUAAUCUGAAAAUUUGUGUUUUACUCCUUCUUUCUGUUUGUAACGGCCCCCAUAAGUACAUGUCUGUCCAUCAGUAGGGACUUUAGAUUAAAAUGGCAACAUCUGAACUCAAUGUUAGCUCUCAGCCAGCUUCAUAAUGAGAAUGUUAAUUAUUCAUGACCUCCAUGCAGACUUUGAACAACAGAACUCGUUUCUCUUGAGCUGCGGCCCAGGAUGUGGUGAUCAGAUGGGGGGAGGAGAGCAGCAGGGUCCCUUCAGUCCAAAUCAGGUUCCUCCCUCCCACCGUCAGAACAUGACACAGAUCUGAUUCUUCCACGCAGACGACCCAAAGUAGGUCUUCCCUCCUGCUGUUGGUGUCGACCCACAUUUCUCCCUGCAGAAGAGAUUCUUCUGGCUGCAAAGAACCACAGCGGUGACUAAAAGCUGUGCCACUUUGUGCAGUUUGGGCAGACUUUAUUUAAACUUAAACUGAUUUAUAUUUGAAAAUCCUUUGUCCUCGGCGUCAGUGAAACUUGGCACUGCGAUCUGUGCGAGGUUAUUUAUACUCUGCUUCCUCUGGCACAUGACGUUCCGAAGGGGGUGUCACGGAUCGCCUCAGAGUCUGAAAUCUGCAUUUUCCUGACCUGAAAAAAAUCCCACUGAGGUCAUUAAUAUUCAUACUAAGACUGGAUAAGCAGAGUGGAGCGUGGAAGAACCUGCUCAGUGAGGGCAAAGAUGAGAUUUAGAAAAAGAUUAAAAUAAGAAAUUUGCCAUAAUAUCAAACUGACGGUGUAUUAGGGCUAUUUUAGAUUUUAAAAAAAGUGAAUUUCUGACAAAACUCAGAAAUUUUUAGGACACAUUUCCUCGAAAGAAUUACAUUUUUGAGUUUGAAAAGUAAAAAAAAAAAAACUUGCCAUAAUAUCUGACAUUUUGAGAUCUUUUUUAUUUUUCAGAAAAGAAAUGGACAUUUUCUUAGUUUCAAAGAAACCGGAAGUUUUCAGGGUUUUUCUGUUUUUAAUUUUUGGAGUUCAGAAAUAGUUUUUGCAAAAAUGCAGCUAAUGUUAUCUAACAUUUCAUUAAGUUACAAUAAAAUGUUAAUGUUCAUCUUCCUGAUUGGAUGUCAGUCAAAUUUAUCUUUGAAUUAUGAAGAUUAAUUAUAGGAAGGUGUAUCAAGGUUACAACAAAAAAAGGGAGUAAUUUUCCACCAAAAACUUACAUUUUGAGAUGAAUCAGAAAUGUUCUUGAUUUUUCUCAGAAUUUUCUCUUAACCUCAAAAUAUGUUUUUUUUUGGCCUUAAUUUACUUCCUUCUCUUUCCCCCUUGUAAAAGGCUCUGAUAUGUCAUCAUAGAUGAAACAUUUGAUGUGUGGUAAACAAAAAGUAUUGGCCAUUUUCUUAUCAAGAGGGGAAAUUUUCACUAUUAGGUAAAAUAUGACAAACAUAUUUUAUUUGUGUAAAAUUAUAUUACUUGGUGAUAAAAACUUCCACCACAGAAUUCCUGGCCAACUAAAAUCAGAAGAAAUGCAGCAUUUCUGCUAAACAGACGUAAUAAUUAAUGAAAAGUGAAUAAAAAGUUAGACUUUUCUUUACAUUUCUUGCAGCAUCGUCAGGAGACAGAAGCAAACGUUUGGGAAUCUUUGGUAAAAACAUCUGGAAAUGUUUCAUUUGCUGCAGUAAAAGUCAGUUUUUAUUGUUGAAAGAUAAAUCUGUAGUGGUUAUGUUUACUGGUCCAAUCCUUUAACAUGUUGGAAACAUCAGCACUCAUGUAUUAACCACUGGAACAUCUGUAACGUGACUCCAUUUUGUUUUUUCUGCUGUGUGCAAAUAAAAGCUUCAUGAAA